AUGGAUAUAGGGAAGAAGUUCGUUAGUGCCUGUAAAGUCGACAGCAGCAAGUCCGAGGCGAUAGUUGCUAUUGAAUUACUUAUAAAUCUCAUUAAACGCAGUGAUGUUCUCACCGUCCAGGGAUUGGACGACCUUAUUAACGAUGCAGUUAAACAAAUGAGGGAAACCGACAAGAGCAAUUCAUCCGUCAAAUCGGCGUGUGAACUCUUCCAGAGGUUCAUCACUUUAGCAGUUUUGGAUACCGUCGGUGAUUUUGAAGGAUGCAAGAGGGUCAUUCUUGAGCGCGCUGAUGUAUUUCUUAGAAAAGUAAGUCGCGGUGGCCUCGCACCUAAUCACUUUUUUACGUGUCCCGUCGUGACUUUAUUCAUUUCCCAUCCCAGAUUUCGCGAUGUCGUCAGCAGAUCUCAGCAAACGCCCUCCUUCUUUUUGCGGACAAUGCCCGACUCCUGAUCAACUCGUACUCCCGGGUUGUUGUUGAAGCACUUGUCCAUUUUGUUAAAUCUUCAAUGAACCGUCGACAACUUCACUGCUACGUAACGGAAUGCAUGCCGAGUUCCUCUGGCGUGCACAUGGUUGGCGAAUUAAUGAAAUCGGGCGUUUCUUGCACGCUUGUCCCGGACACUGCUGUCGCCUAUUUAAUGCCACAGAUUGACGCCGUUGUUGUAGGGGCUGAGGCCGUCGUUGAGAGUGGUGGCUGUUUGAAUGCGCUAGGCUCGUGCACCAUGUGCAUGAUCGCACAUAGUCUUGGAAAACCGGUUUAUGUUAUGGUUGAGUCCUUCAAGUUUUUACGCGUCUAUCCACUCGACCAGAGACAUAUCGCUGACGAACUGAAGUGGAGGGCAUCAAAACUCAGGGAAAUACGCUCGAAGACUAUGCUCGACGAAGUCAAACCUACUGAAGACGAAGAUGAUGUGUUCGAGGAAAUGAAUGACGUAUGGCAUAAGGUGGAGAAGCAGAAAGUGUCUGUGGUGGACAAGGAUAUACCCUCGGUUGAUUACACAAACCCGCUUUACAUUACUGCACUCGUCACAGACUUAGGAAUCCUCACACCGUCCGCUGUUAGUGAUGAAUUGAUUAAGCUGUACCUUUGA